AUGGCCAACUCCAAACCAAACCUCCUUGCAACACAAACAAUCUUCUCUCUUUUCCUUUUAGCCUUUCUCUUGUCACUCACCAAUGUCAACUCAGAAUCAGUUUCUGUCAGCUUCCCCAAGUUUGACAAUGGUACCGAUACCAUAGUCCUCGGCGGUGACGCCAAAAAUAUCGGUGGCGUACUACAGCUCACUGAAAAGGACGAACUCGGAAAUCCAUCUCCACAUAGUUUUGGUCUUUCCAUAUUCUCUAAACCUAUUCAUCUCUCCGACGAAAAAAGUGGUAAAGUUGCCGACUUUACCACUGAGUUUUCUUUUGUUGUUGACCCAAAGGGUUCACAACUUCACGGCGACGGUUUCACUUUCUUUAUUCUAUCAGUUUUUGGUUAUGAGAUCCCGGCUAAUUCAUCUUCCGAGGGCGGAUUUCUUGGACUAUUCGAUAAAGAAACCGCCUUCGAUACCUCUAGAAACUCUGUCGUUGCUGUCGAGUUUGACAGUUUUACAAAUGAGUGGGAUCCUCCUGCACCGCAUAUUGGAAUCGACAUCAACACCAUUGAGUCUUCGAUCACGGUUCCAUGGCCAAUCGAUAGACAACCACAAGGAUCGAUAGGAAUCGCACGAAUCAGAUAUAAUUCUGCGUCAAAAGAGUUGAGUGUUUUAGUAAGUUAUCCAAAUAAUCCUGUCAAAGUGGAUGUUAGUGUUUCUUAUACAGUUGAUCUUGUGGCGGUUCUAUCGGAAUGGGUCAUUAUUGGUUUCUCCGGUGCUACUGGCGAACUUGCAGAAACACAUGACAUUCUCUCUUGGUCAUUCACUACGAACCUUUAGAGAGUAUGAUAAGACUUGAAGAAGAAAAUAUUGUGAGUUGAAGGACUAUUUUAUAUUACUAUUGUUCGAUAUAAGCUCUUUAUGAUGCUUUUGUUGAUUCGGUAAUGUUUACUUUUCAGU